AUGCACAUCCUCUUGCCGACUCUUCGACGCCGCCACAACCAUCUCAACACGGAUCAAGACCUCUCUGGCCCCGAUUCUCCCCUCUUCCAUCCUGAGUUCCCAAGUUCAUGUCCUCUCUGCUUCAUCCGUCGUCCCCGUCCCAAGAAGCGCCAGACUGCCCCGACCCUCAAUCUACCCAUCCUCUCUACUCGAGGGGUCCUCAGACCAUCCAGCCGUUUCCUGGUUACUGACAGGCUUCGAAACAAGCAGCAUAUCGAUCUUUUUACCGUCACUGUCGUUCUAACGAAAACCCUCCACCGUUCAUCGUCGUCAUACGCACCGCAAGUCCAAAGCCCUGAGACCACACAGACACACACAAGACUCGGCGCUUACCGCCUACGGCGUGGAUGUUGA